CAGGCGGCGGCGGCGGCGUCGGCGGCGGCGGCGGCGGCAGCGGCUGCGGCAGCUCCGGGAGCCGGAGGGACGGGGCCGGGCGGCCGGCGGCCGCCGCGCUCGCCUGACCUGCUGGCCCCACUGGCCGUGCCGGGCUGCCCCGAAGGAUGUCCGCCCAGUCCAAGGGGACCGCAUCCUCCUCCUCGUCGCCGUCUGAGGGGCCGCCGGCAGCCUCCAAAGCCAAGGUGAAGGAGCAGAUCAAGAUCAUCGUGGAGGAUUUGGAAUUAGUGCUGGGGGAUCUGAAAGACGUGGCCAAGGAACUUAAGGAGGUGGUUGACCAGAUUGACACCCUGACGUCCGACCUGCAGCUGGAGGAUGAGAUGACAGACAGUUCCAAAACGGACACGCUCAACAGCAGCUCCAGCAGCACAACAGCUUCCAGCUUGGAGAAAGUCAAGGUGCGGGGCAGUGCACCCCUCAUCAAGCCGCCCGCACACCCCUCCGCUAUCCUCACCGUGCUGCGGAAGCCGAAUCCGCCCCCGCCUCCACCGCGACUGACGCCCGUCAAGUGUGACGAGCCUCCGAGGCUGCCUCCGUCGGCCAACCCUGUCAAGACUAAUGGUACCCUGCUGCGAAACGGGGGCUUGCCAGUCGGGCUCAACCGCAUCCCCAACGGAGAUAUAUGCUGUACACCGAACAGUAACUUGGAGAAAGUUGCGAUGCAGCCUCUGAUGCACAGAGCUGAGAAAGAGCGGUGUCCUCAGCCGGGAGCAAGGGAACGGGUACGAUUUAGCGAAAAAGUACAGUACCACGGCUAUUGCCCCGACUGUGAUGUUCGGUAUAACAUUAAAAACAGGGAGGUGCACUUGCACAGUGAGCCUGCCCGCGUUGUGGGAAAGCUGCCGCACCAGUGCCCUCCUCUGCCGCCUCCACCACCUCCACUGCCUCCGUUUCCUCUGGAAAAUGGAGGGUUAGGGAUAAGUCCCAGUAAUAGCUUUCCUCCUCCAAGACCUGCAACUGUGCCUCCACAAACUGCACCAAAACCCCAGAAGACCAUCCUGAGGAAAUCAACCACAACAACAGUGUGAUGUAUGCCACUUGAAACAACUCUUUGUUUUUUUUUCCUAUAUAUAAACAUAAAUAGGUAAUGAGCACUUUCUACUUGAGCAAUAAAAAGACCCAAUGUAUUACUCCCAGUGUCCAGUGAAGUGGCAUAAAAAUCACAUGCACCUUCAGGCUUGAAGGAAUAUGUAUAUCUGGAGGCACGUCAGUUAAUUUCUUGCAUAUCGGAUUCAUCAUUGUGACUUCUUGCAGGCCAGAUCUGAGAAGUAACCAGGAACCUAAUCCUCCGUGGAGAAUGGAAAAGCCCUUCAAGUGAGAGCACAACUGAUCAUGAGUGUAAUCUGCAUUGAUUCAUUUUUCUCAGAUCUGACAGCUACAUGCUGAGUCCUGGCAAAAGCCACAGCCUUAAAUUCCAUUUAGAGGGAAAGAAGAAUAAAGAGGAGUACAUGUCUUGCCCCGUUGCAGAAACUGCUCACUCCAAGCCUGACACUUGACUUCUGUGCUGAGCAACCAGAGUAACAAACAAUGAGUUUUUCAUGGGUCCAGCCAGCGUCCAAAAAUAUUUCUAUAUGUAGCCAAAAGGAGAAAUGAAGCACUUACAUGAUAGCAGAAAAAGAAUGCAUUUACUGUAACAGAGCAAUGUUGCUGUCUGUGGGGAAAGAAGACCUCUGUCAUCCCUUGUACAUAUUCAAAGCCAUACAGGAACAAGGCAUCGGUGAUGUUAAAUUGCUUAAAAGGAUGCUGUCUUCUGUCCUCCACCCAACUUUGAAGAAGUUCAGCUGUUAGAGAUUGCAUCUCAAUGCACUUCUAGUAUUUGCACUGUCACGUCCAUUCAGGGUAAUGAUGUGCGCCACCAUUUGCACAGAUGGCCCCAGGAGAUUUUUGACCACAACAAGCUGUAUUUUGCCGGGGCUCCAAAAGGAAUUAAAAAAUUAGAACUGAAGAAAAACAUUUACGCUCUUUUUCACUAUGGGGAUCUCUUCACAGAAAGGAAUACGGUCCUUUCUUCUGUUUAAAUAAAUACAUGCAUAUACAUACAUAUAUAUAUAUGUAUAUAUAUGAAAAAGCAUCAACAUGAUAAGGUGUAUUUAAAAAGGGGAUAUAAUCUUUUUUAAUAGCAUCCAUUUUUUAUCAUACUAGCAGCCAAGAAAUUUAGUCUAUUGAAUUACGCAUCCAAAAUGUUCCUAUUGAACAUUGACAUUAUAGUCCCAGUUACUGUUAAAGAUGUCAUUUGUAAUAUGUAUUUGACAUAAAUUUUUUCUAGCCAUUUGUCUAUACUUCAUGAGAAAUCUAACAGACAAGCAGUAUUUUCAGUUUAUUUUUCUAAAUAAAUAUGUUGUUUAUAUUAUUUGCAGUCACUCAUUUUGGCUGGUUUUCGUUAUCUCCAAAAAUGAUUUAAAGACAGAACCAAAACACAGGAAUUGUUUGUUCAUGUUAAGCUGUAAUGAUUUGCUGACCGAAAGCUUUAAUAUAAAUACUGUAAUUUGUAAAAUGAUUAAGUAUAUUUAUACAGGCAAAUAUGUAUGGAAAACAAGAGGAGGUAUUUUAACUCUUAAUUUCAGAACAUAGUUUAUUUUAAUAUCCACACAAAGAAAUCUAAAAUUAUAAUGGGAUAGAUUUUUUAUUAUCAGUGAGUUUUGGCAAGUGAAGAUUUGAAUGUUUAAGAAUGAAAGGAAUGUACUCUAAUAAUGGUGGUUUCCCAAAAUUAUACAGAGACCUUUUGACGGCUGUCUCAUUUUCUUCAAACUGUUAUACGUUUUUUGGGUUUCUUUUUUUUUUGUGUGUGUGUGUGUUAGGGCUUUUUGUUUGUUUUUUGUUUGUUUUAGCAUACUGACAAGGCCAUGAAGUUGAUACUAUUUGAUCACAAACAAUUGGAGAAGCUACAGAAUAAGAGGUUGUUCCUUAGAACAAUCUGCAGUUUACAGUUAAGAACAGUUGUUGUUAUCCAUCUACUGCAGUGUUUUGUUAUCAAAUUAUUGAACAUUUCAAUGCUAGAGCUGUUUUGAAUAAAAAUAUAUUUUUCCCUUUUUCUUAGUCCAUUAGCCUGUGUGUAAUUUUAAGAGAAAAGUAAAGCAUGUGAUUCCCAGUUCACUUAUUCAUUCAUCUUAAAUCCAGUCAUAUGUAUCUGAGUAGGUUUUUCUUCAUAUUCAUUGCUUUAUGGACCUAUUAAGUGCUCACUAACAGAAAAAUGAUCUUUCAACAACAAAAAAUGGAAAAUUCAAGCCUUUUUUUAAUCUGUGAGUUAACUUUGUAAAGGGCAGAUAUUUUAAAGAUGUGUUGCUCUGCUCUAAUGUACUAACUAGUGUAUGCGUGUGUGUUUGUGUGUGUGUGCACGCAUGCGCACCCUUACCUGCUGAUGAAUGAAAUGCCAGCCCUGCUGAAGUAGGUGCCACAUGUCCUGCUACUGCAAAAGAUGCUCAUGUUAUUGUAUUUUCUGGAGAAAGACCUGAACUCUGUCUUUGUUUGUGACUCUGAAGCCAUAAAUAGCUUUUACAGUUUGUCAGGAAAUCACAAAAUGAACUAAUUAAGUGAAUGUUAGCCUCCCUCAUUUGACAAAACUUGGGAUCAUCUCACAGUUUUACUCUUUUUUUAAAGAAAGUUAGUGGUCAAUUUCCAUUGGUGCAAUGGAUAAAUGGAACCUUUGUAUCUGUUAAAGAACGAUGGCUGUGUUUUAUUCCCACACAUUUUAGCUUAUGGUUGGCUUACAGUCUUUUAACUGUGAUUUUGUUUCUGUGUCAUUAGAAUCACAUAUUUGGACAUACAACUUGCAUGGGCUUGGUUUUGCUCCCUCUUUGGAUAACCUGUGUUUUAAAAUUCGAGAGCUUACUCUUUGAGACUAAUAUUCAGAGUUGUUUAAAGAAGGGGCAACAUUAUCGAAACAAUAAGAAAAUUUCAGAAUGAUAAUUUGAGCACUUCCAUUAUUAUCUAACAAUAAUAUUUGGAAAAGCUCUUAUUUUUGUGAACAGAAUGCAUUCAUCUAUAUUUGAAAAUAGCCCAAUAAAAUCUAGUGAAAUAAUUUGUUACUACUUGCAAAUACUUUUCUACUAUGCUGAGUUCUAGAUCAGCUUGUGUGUUUAAUUUUUAUUGUACAAAAAGCACCUGAAGCAAUGCACAAUUUUCUUCA